AGAAGAACAAGAGAAAAUGUGGAAAGAGAGAGAAGAAAAUGCAGCUAAGAGAUUACAAGAAAGAAGGGAGAGAAGUCCCUGGCGAGGGGAUGAUGACCGUCGGAGGGGGGAAUCAGUACCAGGAGUCGCAGUCGAGACAGACCCCUCAGAAAUCGCAGCGGGAGCCGCAGCAGGGACAGGGGGGCCAGAAAACGCAGCAGAAGUAAUGACCGGAGCAGAGAAAGAGGAAGAAGAAGAUGAAAUUUUUAAACUUCGCUCUAUUAGAUCAUUUUAUUUUGUUACGUCUCCAUUAAUUUUUGUUGGGCUAGUGAAUCAACUGUUGACAGACAUCAUACUAGACAAUUUGAUAAAUAAAUUCAUUUUAAUUUGUCAAGAAGUGUUAUUGGAGAUAAUGGCAAGGCAUUAUGUACACAGGAGUGACUGGGAACCUGCACCGGGCAAGUGUGGCGCGCUUGAGUCGUAUAUUGACGCCGUUGAGUCAGACAUAGAGAAGCUCCUUUCAGUGCCAGACAAGACUCCCGACAAUUUGAGUAAGGAAGAGAGAUCUGCCUUACAAUCAUUAAAAAAUCGGGAUGACAUUGUAAUCAAGAAAGCAGACAAAGGCUCUACAGUUGUCGUACUGGAUAAAGAGAUUUACAUGGCGGAGGCACAAAGACAACUCUCAGACGAACGUUUCUAUAAGAAACUGGACUCUGACCCUACUAAAGAAUUCUCCACCGCCAUUACCAAAACUCUUGACGAUAUGUUUGAGAAAAAUGAGAUUGAAAAUUUGCCAUCCUAUCUCAAGGACACCACGGACUACAUUAACAAGACGCCCUCUACUGGCCUCCCAGAUCAUACCCUCCUCGUGACUAUGGACGUCACAUCUUUGUACACCAAUAUUCCGCACGAUGAGGGUAUAGAAGCCUGUAGAGAAGUCUGGGACAAUUGCCUUACGGCCCCCUGCAAUGGAAUGGGAUCAAACAGCAUUCUGUACAAUGACAUUGGCUACGGUAGUGUGUGCUUUUGGGUAAGCGUCUCAGAAAAGGAUCUCGCUCUGGCCCAAGCAACGUGUUCGGACAAUGGUGGAUCAUUGUCCGUCAUGACCGACACCGCAAUGCAAAACAUUGUGAACACCCUCCUAGACACCGCAGGGCGAAGUUUUGAUGAAAUCUACAUUGGUUAUGACGUGGAUACAACUUCAAACUACAGACUAAGACGGCUUUCUGGACAGAUCCAAACAUAUGAACAUUUCUACGCCAAAAAUCUCAACCAUGCAGACUGGCACUGUGUUUAUCUAUAUUUGGGCUAUUGGUAUCCAGGGAAAUGUGAUGCUCCCCGUUAUUUUCUAUGUAGUACCAUCCCAAAUCAAGCCCCUUCUGUUGCUAUGACGACGGAGAAAGUGAUGACCUCCACCAUUGCUGCCAUGACAACAGACACGAUCUCCACCACACUACAGUCAUGUACGUGUCCAGUUGUACAACAUACACCUACCAUCAGCUCCACAGAGGAAUUAAAUGCGAAAAUCGCAGAAAUCAGGAAAGAUUUAGAGGUAGAGAAAUCGUCAUUGUCUUCGACUAUCCGUAGAAAAACGUCGGCAGACGAUCCACGACCUUCCGCCAAAACUUUCGGUUCCAUCGGAGUAAUCAUUAUUAUUCUCUUCCUUGGAGGAAUAUUUGCUUUGGAUUUUCCGUUUCUUGUCAUUGAACUAAAAAGAUUUGGAACAAAUUUGUUAAUUAUUAAAACUAGAUUGUUUACCCGAUAG